AUGGCGUCAUUUUCACUUCCACCGAAGCCUCUUCCGCUGAAUGUCUCAUCUAGGAACGGGGGCGACAAGCCCAAUUAUGUUGUCUUCAUGCCGGACCAGCUGAGAUAUGAUUCGCUUGGUUGCACUACAGAUGGCAAAGCCGGAAUUAACACUCCAAAUAUCGAUGCCUUUCGUCGUCGUGGUACCCUCUUUACCAACUGCUUCACCCAGGCAUCUGUCUGCUCACAGUCAAGAUGUAGCAUGUUCACCGGUUGCUACCCGCAUGUCAGCGGCCACCGAAGUCUUGACAAUCUUAUCAAGCCAUGGGAGCCAAACAUAUUUCGAAGUAUGAAAGAGAAUGGUUACCAUAUUGCCUGCCUUGCACCUAGAGGAGAUACUUUCGCUCCUACGGUUACGGAGUUAAGUUUGACAGAGUACGGCUUUCUGGAAACUCCCGAGUUUACUACCCAAUUCGCGGGCGGAAAUGAUCAUGGUAUUGACAAAGACAAUGUCUGGAACCGACUAUUUUACAAGGGCCUUCGUAAAGCUAAUGAGGCCCUGGACUAUGAUGAGGCUGUGGUGCGAUCAGCCAUAAAGUGGCUCGAGUGUCCUCCGGAUGACAAGCCGUGGGUAUUGUUUAUGCCACUUAUAUUUCCUCAUUGUCCUUUCCAAGUAGAGGAGCCAUAUUUCACUAUGUACGACCGCUCCAAGAUGACCGGGAUUGUUUCAAGGCCAGAAAAGAAGACGGGCUACGAGCCUCGUUACAUGAAGACAAUCCGCGAAAGGUACGGGACGGAUCGUGCAACAGCGGAAAUCUGGAGUGAAAUUAAAGCCACUUAUUUUGGAAUGAUUACUCGUUUGGACGAUCAAUUCGGCCGUGUCCUUGGGAAGAUAGAUGAGUUAGCACUGUGGAAGGAUACGGUAACGAUGUUCUUUACCGAUCACGGCGAGUAUCUUGGGGACCACGGCCUGAUUGAGAAGUGGCCGUCAGGGCUAUCAGAGACGCUUUUAAGGGAGCCGUUAAUUAUCGGGGGUGCCGGGAUUCCUGAGGGUAAAAUCAUCAAUGCUAUGACUGAGAUGGUUGAUUUAGUGCCCACGAUCCUUGAGAUUUCGGGAAUAGGCGAGCACUUUCCUCAUAAUGGCAAGUCUUGGAUUCCAGUUCUCGUUGGUGACUCGAGAGAACAUAAGAAGUACGCCUUCUCUGAGGGUGGCUUUCUAACAUCUGAGGAACCCUUACUUGAGCAGGCACCAUAUCCGUAUGAUAUCAAGUCAGGACUUCAGCAUGAGGAUACGACUCUCGUUGGUAAAGCAAUAUCUUUAAGAGAUGAGAACUAUGCCUAUAUUUACCGGCUGUAUGAACCCGCAGAGUUGUACGACCGGUUAGAUGAUCCACACGAAAUGCAUAAUGUCGCUGCUGAACCUCGGUACCGUGACCUUGUGGAUAAGUACGAGAAGGAGGUCCUGAGUUGGCUCGUGGCUGGUAGCGAUUUCCUGCCGUGGCAGAAAGAUCCCCGGUUUCCAGAGGUCAGCCUGAAGAGUCCUAGAGAACAGAUGGAGGAGCGGCUCCGCAAGUCCGGUUGA